GUCUAAAAAAAUAAAUUACAAAGUUUUCAAUAUCAUUAUUUGAGGAUUUUGUCAAAGUAUUACUUGAAAAGUACACUUUAAAAGUUCUUCAUAUUAUUCAUGCAAGUAGUCUGUGAAGUACUAAGUUGAGCAGUAUAUGAAUCUUGGACUACUUAUGAAAACAAUGUUGUUUUUUUCUUCCCCACGUCGUCCUUUACUUUGAAAUCCAGAAUGAUAACUUGAGUUUAUUUCCGGGAAUAAACAAUGUACAAGUAUCGUAUGUUUCAUGGAUCUGAUUGUGAGACUGCAGUCUGCCCCGAAUUCACGACCAGCAGCUCUUCAGAGCGGUUUCAUUACGAUUACCGUAAAUGCACUUGCGCACUGAAAAAAGGUGCGGCUGAUUUGACCAAGCAAACGCGAACCACGACUGGUUUGACCGCAGCGGGCUUCUGUAAAAGCUUCCCGUUACCCCUUUCUCUUCCCCUCCCAGCAUGGAUCCUCUCUCCAACUUCAUUUCGUUAUUUGAGUAUUAGUUGUCUGCUGCCUUGGGAUUAUCUGCCCUCGUCUGGCCUUCGUAGCUCAGCUAGAAACCAUGUUCACCACCACCGGCUCCCGGGGCCUGUAUAAGGCUCCUCUGUCCAAAGGCCUCCUGCUGGUUCUCAAUGGGCUGACUGUGAUGCUCACCCUGCUGCCACAAUACCAAGAUCUGUUCGUGUACAACCUGCAGGCUGUCACACAGCAGCAUCAGGUGUGGAGGUUUUUGUUGGGCAGGCUGGUCUGUUUAGAUGUGAAGGAUGCCUUCUGUAGCAGCCUGCUCAUCUACAACUUCCGAAUCUUUGAAAGGAGGUUCGGCUCCAGGAAGUUUGCUUCCUUCCUGUUGGGUACUUGGUGUCUCUCUGCGCUGAUGGACUUCCUGCUGGCUCAGGCCUUCCAGUUUCUAUUUGACUAUGAGGUGGAGGAACUGCCUGCAGGACUGCUUGCUCCAGUCUUCUCUCUGUUUGUGCCUUUCUACCUGUUGAUCCCCAGGAUGCAGGUCACACAGGUCCUGAGCCACAUCCACAUCACCAACAAGUCUCUGGUCUACAUAGUAGGCUUGCAGCUGUUGACUUCCAGUCCCUUCAUGUGGCUACUUGCACUCAGUGGACUGAUCUCUGGCAGUCUGUACCACUGUAAUGUGCUCUGGAUGCAGAAGCUCCUCUUCGUACCAGUCUGGGUGUCUCGUAUAGGACGGUUUAUUCUGGAGCCACUCUUCUCAAGCUCCCAGCCAACCAGUGAGACGCCCCUGGGGAUGGGUGCCACUCUGGACAUCCAGAGGCAGCAAAGGAUGGACAUGCUUGACCAACAGCUGCUGCUGGCACAAUACAACGAGUCCAGGAGGAACACCAGACAGCAACCACAGUCUGGGUUGUUUCAGUGGACCAGGUUGUUCCCCUCCCUGAGACGGAGAGGACAAAACCGACCUCCAAUGCAGCCCCGCCCCCAGGCUCAGACACCCCCGUCCACACAGCCGCCAUUACUAGACAAUUCUCCUGUCGCAGAGGAGCAGGUAGCGCGGUUGGUGGAAAUGGGCUUUUCCAGGAUUGAUGCCCUCGAGGCCCUCAGAGCUUCAAACAACGACAUCAACAUGGCAACCAACUUCCUCUUGCAACACUGAGACAGAAAGAGAGCUCAGUGAGACAAACAGAGGUGAUGGAGAAAGAGAAGAAGGAGAAGAAGAGCAACCAAAGCGAAGGAGCAAAACCAGAGAAAAGGAAUGACGGUGAACGAUGGAGAUAUUUGUACAGAUAAUCUGAAGGCUGUGUCGCUGCUCCCUGAAGCGGUGCAGGGCUGACCCAACCUGAACUGAGCCCGAUAGCAGGCUGAUUAAUGGAGAAGUGUGAAGCACAAAGUGGGAGACAUUUGCGUCAUAGCUUCCUGAUGGCCGUCACCGUGUGAAACAGGCGUCAUCAUUGCUCAAGGCAGACGAGCUAGACGUCUGACUCCGAGGGGAGGGUUCCCUUUGAAAAAAUAGAGAAAACCAAACAGGUCAGAGCUUUCAACACAGUAUCUUAAAAACACCAGAGUCUUCAGUCCAGUGGAGGAAACAUUAAGUGGGUUAUUUCUGAUGCUGAAGCACAAAAAUCAGCCAAGAUCCCACACACCCUCUCCAUGUGGAUACCAUCUUAUAGCUAUGUGAAAUAGACUUUUAUACUACCCGCUGUCAUGUACUGCCACUUUUCAAAAAUGGUUAUAGUGUAACCAGUCGCUUAUGGUGUGUUCCUCGGAAGCUGGCCCGGGGAUUGACGUCAUACCUGAGUGGAUCACGUUCCAGUCAGAGAGCCAAUGAACCGAAAAAAAAGAAGGAAGAAUCAUUAUGUCACUGAAUCUUACUUUGGUGCAAAUUGUAGUGAAAAGUACAUUGAAGUCUCUGGGAGAUGCAUGGAGAAACGUGUCAAAACCCAACGUAUCUAUGGCGUAUAUCUUCUGACGAAGCACCCCAUUCAGGCACCAAAGCAAGAUCCAGUGACGAAAUGAUCCCUCCUACUUUUUUAGGUUCCUUGCAGAAAAGCAUCUCUAGCCAGGGUAGCUAUUGUUUGCAAUACCAAUUGACAGCAACGCAUUACACAGAGUUUUAAGUAUACAAACACUGAAGCACAGAUAUAAGUUGGAUUGUGAUGGUGAUAAGACUGAUAAAAUGAGACACAAAUAAGACACAAGUGCUGAUAAACAGUAUAUUCGGCUGUUGAUGAGCAGAGCAGCCGUCUUUGAUUCUGAGCUUUGGGUUGAUGAGGUGUAGUGCUGGGUAAUGAACUUUUAUUUUCCUUUUAGUGCGCAGGAUUGCCAUAAUACUAUCAGAUUAUGUCUUGUCAUUCGAUGCCAAAUUUGACUCUCUAAGGAGUAAAUCUGAUCAGCGUUGUUGUGCCAUGAUCUACAGGCAUGCAGAAAAAACACUGUUAUCAGAGUCAAGGUAUCAGAGUAUAUCAGUUUUAACAAUACCCAGCCCUAAUGAGUUGCGUCCGAAUUUCCGAGGUCGGAAAUCCAACUUCAGAGGAAGUUCCAGACAGUUGAAAUCACUCACUGGGAACUUGUAAUUUCCAACUUCCCAGCUCAAAUGGAAUUUAGAAUGCACCAUUAUACCCUGGUAACUGAUUAGUGAAGAUAAGGACGACAUGGAAAACAGAUGAAGAAAAAGGUGCACAAGGUUUUUGAGACAAUUGAUCAGAGAACAUAAUGAACUCAGUCAGGUAUUCGUCUCAUAAAGAAAAAUAGUUUUAGGCUAACCACUCUUUUGUUUUCUGUUGACACUAGUCGGGAGAACAGACAUGCAGCACCUGCUAGAUGGUUAUAUUUAUCUCCAUGAGGAGGGGCAAAGGUCAUGAUGAGAACAGAAUUCAAGGUUUAACAAUCCAAACAAUCUAACCUAUUUAAUAUGAUUUUGUAACAGUUGUUAUUUCUUUAUGUUGGCAGUGUUUCAUGGAAGUAGCAGGGCUCUGCCCUUUCCUGCUUGAGACGUUUGUAACAAAGCAGUUAGGCUGAAUGACCGCUGCUGAACGAGCCAGCUGAUUGGUAUGGCCCGUUUGAAACUCAACAGCAACGUUGUUGGUGAAUGACGGGGGCUGUUUUGCAGGAUACGGGUUAAAUGGGCUAUCUCAGGGUCUGUUGAUGACAUAAUCACAAUGUCAGACACGAGUGCACAUACGCAGAUGCACAGCAGCCCUUGAGGAGAUCAUGUCUCACACCGGUUUGUUUCUUUCAUCAAAUCAUGCCCUCAUAUGCACACACUCCUCCAGGUUUUAUUUAUUCUGUUUAAUCUGAGUCUCUUCUCUGGCAGCACAGGUGUCUGAAUCAUAACAAGUCUUAAAAGACAGAUUAUAUUUAUUAUGCAAUGUUGUGACAGGAGGAGUUCAUGGGGACUAUGCACUGCAUAGUAACGACUGUAAUGCGUGUUUUAAACUUUUGUCCGAGAGCAGUAACAUUGCAGCCACUGUGUAUUGAUGUCAAAGACAGAUGCUAGUUUUAUAUUUUGUGCAUAAUAUUAUUGAUAAUAUAUGACCACCGAGAUGAGUCUGUCAUUUGUGUGUAUGUCUUUUUUUGAGUGAUAUAAUAGUAUCUGGGUGUGAUAACGGAGUUGCUGCAUGGACAACUCUCUGACAAACUGUAAUGAAUCAUAUUUUGUCUGUGGAAUAAAUCAACUUGCUGACUGGCUUUGAAAUUA